UGGUGUCACCGUGCACUCGCAUUCAACUGAUCUAGCUUAGUGCUCGCUGGGUACGUGUGUGCGUGCAGUUUGAUACUCCAAUCCCCGGAACUUCAAAGUACAAAGGCGGCAGUUUGUUGGGGCCGUCCACACUUUUUUUCACAGGGAAUCCGAGGCUGAUUUUGUGUAAAAAAAUGUCUAAAAUAAAGGUUGGAAUCAUCGGGGGAACUGGAUUGGACGAUCCGGACAUUGUCCAAGAUCGGAAGGAGAAGGCCGUGGAAACACCCUACGGAAAGCCUUCAGAUGUGCUGAUAACGGGGACAAUUGGGGGUGUGGACUGCAUUCUCCUGGCAAGGCAUGGACGAGGCCACACCAUCCGUCCAAGUGACGUCAACUACCGAGCAAACGUCUGUGCCUUGAAGGAAGAAGGCUGUACCCAUGUUGUGGUCACCACAGCCUGCGGCUCCCUCCAGGAAAACAUCAGACCUGGUCAGAUCGUCAUCUUGGAUCAGUUCAUCGACCGCACAACCAAACGGGAGCAGUCGUUCUACGAUGGCUCCCCCACAAGUCCCAAGGGAAUCUGCCACAUCCCCAUGCACACGCCCUUCUGCGAGAAGACGCGGCAGGUGUUGAUCGAGUCGGUCAAGCAACUGGGUUACAACUACCACCCAACGGGCACCGUGGUGACCAUCGAGGGGCCGCGUUUCUCCUCACGGGCCGAGAGCAAGCUCUUCCGAUCCUGGGGCGGCCACGUCAUCAACAUGACCACGGUGCCCGAGGUAGUGCUGGCAGCCGAGAUGGGGCUGUGCUAUGGGGCUGUCGCACUGCCCACUGACUACGACUCCUGGAGGGACGAAGGCAAUGAACAUGUGAGCGUGGAGGUUGUGAUGAAAACCUUCAAGCAGAAUGCUGAAAAGGGAAAGAAGAUUUUGCUUGAGGCUAUUCCUAGGCUCGCCAAUUAUGACUGGGCAUCUGUUAUCGAAGAGAGAGUGGUCACUGCCAAAGAAUCUGUGAUGGUGUGAUUCAGGUACAACGAUAUCUCAAACAGUGAAGAUGAUGGCGACGGAUAUUGUGCAGGCUGUUGAACCACAAGUGCAGCAGAACUUGUCUCUCCUAAGUCCUUCACAAUCUAUCCAGAGUUUUUUGGAGGAUUUUGCAGGAUUUGGGAAGCUGCAGCCAAAUUCAUGGGACUUUGUGCCCCUUGAAGGUUUACAGUACGAAAAAUUACUUAUGUGGUGGGUUUUUGAGAAUAAGGGGUUUGAAGGUGACAGAAUCAAACUAGGAAAUCUUGCCUCUAUUCUUUCUUUUUGGAAUAAGGCACUUUUUUGGUUUACUUCCCGUUUUGUAUCCAUCUGGCCUUAUGACAAUCACUCACUAAAUGUCUUUUGGAGAAUGGUGUUGUCGGUAAAAAUAUUGAGUUCUUAGGUGGACCUAAGAACAAAACAGGUCCUCAUAAUGCAAGCUGUGAACCUUCUGUGGACUAAACCAAGUCCACACAGGGUUUUCACCUCUCUUAAAAAAGUUUAAGAGACAUUACUGGGUUUAAUAGGUCCGUCCAUUGAAACAUGAAGAGAAUCAGUCAAGGAAACCGUGAGGAAAAAGUACAGCUUAAUGAGAUUGUUUACAGCGCAAGAAAGUGA